AUGCCGCCCGCACCUGGCUUGACGUCGCAGGUGAGCUGCACCCCCGGGGCGCCGCCGCCUCGCUCGGCAGCGCCGUGGGCAAACUCGUCCCCCGCGAACUGGGCGGCUCUGUCGGCGGCGCGCAGCAGGGCGGGCUCGGGGCAGCCCUCGGCGGGGGCGGCGCAGCCCGGGCCGCGGGGCCGCGGGCGCAGGCUCGGCCGAGCCGCCCCCCGCGCCCAGCAGCGAGAGGCAGACGCCGAGCCAGCAGCGCGCCCACCACAGCCGUCUCCCCGGCAUCUCUGGGCGCGCCUGCAAGAGAAGAGAGGCCGCGGCGGGUACCGUCACAGCAUCCCAAAUCCAGAAAAAAACUUUUCACCCCCGUCCCGUCCCUCCCCGGAGUCUUUCGGCGUAACCUGCGGGACGGUGCGGGGCGGCGCCAGAAGCAAGUGCGGCCUCGGGGCUGUGCUCCUCGGAGCGGCUGCCCGCGACGGGGACAACCUCCUUCGAAAGCAGGAGGGAAUGGAAAUGUGCAACAUUCCUGGGGCUUCGUUAGCAUCAGAUUUCCCAAGCGCCUCCCUUUAACUCCUUCGCUGCUCCAGCCCCUGCCGGCUGCCCGGGGCGGCGGUGGGACGGAGGCGGGUGCUGCCCCGCGGCUCCCGCCGCCUUUCAUGGCUGUGUUGUCCCGCGGCGCCUAGACAGGGAUAUGUACAUGUCUAAAAGGGCUGGCUUUUGUUUCCAGUGGU